AUGCAAAAAAGGCAUGCAUUGGUUGAAAUAUCAUGUGGACCAGUAUAUAAAGGUGAUGCACAAUCAAUAUUGCAUAAUAAAAAGGCAUAUUUGCGAAAGACAGCUUUAGGCUCUAAGAAGAUCACAGAUAUAUUUUCAACAG